AUGGAUAAUGUUUCUGUCGUAGGAAUUUUCAUUCUCUCAGGGCUAAAUGAGACAGUGAAUUACAGAAUUGCUAUAUUUUCACUUACAUUGCUGUAUUACUGUAUGAUCUUGUUUUUAAAUAUCUCUAUCAUCAUGAUUGUUAUCUCAGAUCAAAACCUACAUGAACCCAUGUACAUCCUUUUGUGCAGUUUUUGCUUUAAUGGACUUUAUGGGACCACAGGUUUCUACCCCAAACUGCUCUUAGAUCUGCUGUCUUCCUCUCAACAGAUCUCAUAUGAAGGAUGCCUUUUACAAGCUUUUGUCAUGUAUUCGUUUGCCUGCUGUGAAUUAUCCAUUCUAGCAGUCAUGGCCUACGACAGAUAUCUGGCUAUAUGUCGACCACUUCACUACAACUCUGUCAUGACAAAGACGAGGCUCUCUCAGCUCAUAUGUUUCUCCUGGCUAACACCUUUCUGCAUCUUUUCUAUAAGUAUUGUUUUGACAUCCACGCUAAAGUUAUGUGGUUCAAAAAUUCCGAAACUCUUUUGUGUGAACUGGCUAAUUGUCAAACUCAUUUGCCCUGGCACUGACACUGUUUCAAGUAAUAUUCUCUCAUAUGCAACAAUUAUCAUUUAUGUGUGUCAUGGUUUAUUCACAGUUUGGACUUACAUGCAUAUGACUAGAACUUGUGUGAGGUCCAAAGAUGAAAGGACAAAGUUGAUGCAGACAUGGCCUCAUUUAGUCUCUUUAGUCACAUUCCUUGUUGUUAUAGUUUUUGAUUUGAUGUAUAUGCGAUUUGGCUCCACAGAUUUACCUCAGAGCAUUCAAAACUUCAUUGCUAUAGAAUUCCUGCUCAUUCCUCCAGUGAUGAAUCCUCUAAUAUAUGGAUUAAAACUGACAAAGAUACGAAACAGAAUUUUUGCGUCUGCACUGGCUCCCUGCAGGCUUGUGUCAACUGAGGAGGUCUUCAGCAGUUUCAAAAGUCAGGUUUUUGCUGAUCUCUGGGUUACAGUUUUUCUGAAAACGUCUGCAGAAAGUCCCAAUCUGGUGAAUACAGGCCUCAAUAUAUGUUGA